ACCCCCAGCCUCUACAUUUUGGAUGUAGUUUAUAUAGAGCUCUUGCAGACUCCUCUGCUUUCCAAGGUGACGAAAAGUCUGCUGCCGGACUUCUCUCAGGAUGUUCAUGCAUUGGGAGGUUUAUUAUUACUCUUUCAUUUUGAUGGCGCACAUGAGGUCUUGCUGUAGUUGGUCAGUGAAUAAUUUCCUGAUGACUGGCCCAAAGGCUUACUUGAUCUACUCCAGCAGUGUGGCCGCUGGAGCUCAGAGUGGGAUUGAGGAGUGCAAGUAUCAGUUUGCAUGGGAUCGCUGGAACUGUCCAGAGAGGGCUCUUCAGCUCUCCACCCACAGUGGACUGAGAAGUGCAAACAGAGAGACUGCGUUUUUUCACGCUAUCAGCUCUGCUGGGGUUAUGUACACCCUCACCAGAAACUGCAGUCUUGGUGACUUUGACAACUGUGGGUGCGAUGAUACCCGGAACGGCCAACGAGGUGGGCAAGGGUGGCUUUGGGGAGGGUGCAGUGAUAACGUGGGAUUCGGAGAAGUGAUCUCUAAGCAGUUUGUGGACGCGCUGGAAACCGGACAGGAUGCGAGAGCGGCCAUGAACCUGCACAACAAUGAAGUGGGACGCAAGGCAGUAAAAGGAACCAUGCAGAGAACGUGCAAGUGCCAUGGAGUGUCUGGCAGCUGCACAACUCAGACUUGCUGGCUGCAGUUGCCAGAGUUUCGUGAGGUGGGCAACUAUCUAAAGGAGAAAUAUCACAGAGCUCUGAAGGUGGACCUGCUGCGCGGCGCAGGCAACAGCGCAGCCAGCCGCGGGGCGAUCGCGGAGACCUUCAGCUCAAUCUCACGUAAAGAGCUGGUGCAUUUGGAGGAUUCGCCCGACUACUGCUUGGAGAACCGGACCUUAGGCUUGGCAGGUACAGAAGGCCGUGAAUGCCUGAGGAAAGGGAAGAACCUGACCAAAUGGGAGAAGCGCAGCUGUAAGCGGCUGUGUUUGGAUUGUGGUCUGGCCGUAGAGGAGCGCAGGGCUGAGACCGUUUCUAGCUGCAACUGCAAGUUCCAUUGGUGCUGUGCCGUGAAAUGCGAGCAGUGCCGUAAAACUGUCACAAAGUACUACUGUGUCAAGAGGACCAAGCGAGUCAAGAACGAUAGCAGCGCCAGCCGCAGGAAAAGCUAUCGGUUAAAGAAAAAGCUCUAGAGUUUUUACUAGUUUUGUUUGUUUCACCCUUAGCUAAAAGAAACCUGUAAAGAAUGCUUUAAUGGAGGCCUGACAUCUCUAGGAGAUCUUAUACUGUGAGCACAUAUUCAUUUCAAUUGCAGACGUGUCUUAAAUUGAAAAAUGCAUGUACAGUAAGAUAUCACCCCUUAUCUUUCAAAAUUUUAAGAUAGCACUGAACACCACAUCAAAUUAUUUAGGGGCACAAAAGACUUUAAAAAACUCUUCAUUUAGAUUUUGGACAAACUUAAACUUUUUUUGCUGCCUAAAUCUUUAAGUUUAAUCAAAUUGGCUUAGUUAAAAUGUAAACCAUUUGAAAUUCGAUGUUUUAAGUAGUUAUAAGUACACUCAAGGUACAAGAAGGUACAAAAGUUGUCACUUCGGGCGGUACCUUUUCAAACAUACACUUUUGUACCUAAAAGGUGCAUAUUGGUACCUCAAAGGUACACAGUGGUACCUUGGAGAUUCACACUGGUACCUCAAAGGUACUCAUCUGUACCAAAAUAGUACAUAUAGGACCAUUUUAAAGGGUACCCUUUUUUUCUUAAAGUGUAGAAUUGCACAGGCAAUUAGAUUAAAACUUUUUACAUUUAAGGUAGCAAUUUGAACGUGGAUGUAUUUUAUUUUAUAAUUUAUUCGUUGAUCAUACAAAGGGGGGUUUCAAUGCAUUAUUGGACACAAACAUUUCUUUCCUAAUGUCUUGUCUGUUAGCAUCCUGAUGAUAGUUUUACCUUGAUGCUGUAUAUGAAAUGUAAAUAAGAGAAAGCACUUUGUAUAUUGUUAAUUUAUUGCACAGAUACUAUAGUGCUGUUUUUCUAUAUUAGUUUUUUUUUGUGUUGCUUUUUCCACCUUACUUUCAUAAUUAAAGAUAUGUAACCUUUCUUUUAAUAGUUGUAUUACUCAAUGCAUCUGAAUUUAUUGCUGUUUCUGUAGUAAAAUAUC